GACCGAGUGGGAGAGAGAAACACACAUCUACACACAUAUAUACAUGUGUGUAUAUAUAUAGAGAGAGAGUGGGGGUAGAGAGAGAAAGCAUGUCUAUAAUCUUCUACAUCAACCUUCUUGUUUCUUCAUCUCUGGUCUACCAUUCAUAUUGCUAAGAUCUGACUGAACCCUAGUUUUCAAUCUCCGAUUUGGGGCGGCGUACGGCGGAGCACGGCGGAGCUGCAAUGUCUUCUUUAAGUAGAGAGCUUGUGUUCUUGAUCUUGCAGUUUCUUGAUGAAGAAAAAUUCAAAGAAACUGUUCAUAAGUUGGAACAAGAAUCAGGGUUUUUCUUUAACAUGAAGUAUUUUGAGGAUGAGGUGCAAAAUGGAAACUGGGAUGAUGUUGAGAAAUAUCUUUCCGGUUUUACAAAAGUCGACGAUAAUCGGUAUUCCAUGAAGAUAUUUUUCGAAAUCAGGAAGCAGAAGUAUCUUGAAGCAUUGGAUAAGCAUGAUCGAUCAAAGGGCGUGGAGAUUCUCGUAAAAGAUCUUAAAGUUUUCGCUUCAUUUAACGAAGAAUUGUUCAAGGAGAUUACUCAAUUACUUACAUUGGAGAAUUUUAGGGAAAACGAACAAUUAUCGAAAUACGGAGAUACAAAAUCUGCUAGAGCUAUAAUGUUGGUUGAGCUCAAGAAGCUUAUCGAAGCAAAUCCUCUGUUUCGCGACAAACUACAGUUUCCGAACCUUAAAAAUUCAAGGUUACGAACUCUAAUUAAUCAAAGUUUAAAUUGGCAGCAUCAACUUUGUAAGAGCCCGAGACCUAAUCCCGACAUCAAAACGUUAUUUGUUGACCACUCGUGUGGUCAACCGAACGGUGCACGGGCUCCAUCACCUGCAAAUAAUAAUCCUUUGCUCGGGCCAUUACCUAAAGCUGGAGGCUUUCCUCCUUUGGGUGCACACGGGCCGUUUCAACCUACACCGGGUCCCGUUCCAGCCCCGCUUGCGGGUUGGAUGUCUAAUCCUCCACAAGUAGCUCACCCUAGUGUAUCCGGUAGUGCGAUCGGUCUUGGUGGGCCAUCUAUUGCAGCUGCGUUGAAGCAUCCGAGGACUCCGCCAAUGAAUCCUACUUUAGAUUUCCCAACCGGAGAUUCGGAUCAUAUGAGCAAAAGAGCAAGGCCCAUGGGCAUUAACGAGGAGGUAAGUUUACCGAUUAACAUUUUGCCCGCCCCGUUCCCGGGGCAUGGUAGUCAUACACAGGCGUUUAGUGCGCCCGAUGAUUUGCCCAAAACCGUUGCACGGACUCUAAACCAGGGCUCGUCUCCUAUGAGCAUGGAUUUUCAUCCGAUUCAGCAAACGUUACUCUUAGUUGGAACAAAUGUGGGCGAUAUCGGAUUGUGGGAAGUUGGUUCUCGGGACAAAUUGGUUCUUAGAAAUUUCAAAGUUUGGGAUCUUAGUGCAUGUUCAAUGCCUAUGCAGGCUGCUCUUGUUAAAGACCCUUGUGUCUCGGUGAACCGUGUAAUUUGGAGUCCGGAUGGUUCAUUAUUCGGAGUUGCAUAUUCAAGACACAUUGUACAAAUAUAUUCAUAUCAUGGGGGUGAUGAUGUUAGACAACAUCUAGAGAUCGAUGCACAUGUUGGUGGAGUAAACGAUAUUGCGUUCUCUCAUCCUAAUAAGCAACUUUGUGUGAUAACAUGUGGGGAUGAUAAAACCAUCAAGGUAUGGGAUGCUGCAACGGGUGCAAGGCAACACACUUUCGAAGGUCAUGAUGCUCCCGUUUAUUCUGUAUGCCCGCACUAUAAAGAAAACAUUCAGUUUAUAUUUUCAACAGCUCUAGAUGGGAAGAUAAAAGCCUGGUUAUACGAUAACAUGGGAUCCCGAGUUGAUUAUGAAGCUCCUGGUCGGUGGUGCACCACAAUGGCGUAUAGUGCUGAUGGAACAAGACUAUUUUCAUGUGGGACAAGCAAAGAUGGGGAAUCACAUAUAGUGGAGUGGAAUGAAAGUGAAGGAGCAGUGAAAAGGACGUAUCUUGGAUUCCGUAAACGAGCUUUAGGUGUCGUUCAAUUCGAUACAACAAAAAACCGAUUUUUGGCAGCUGGUGAUGAUUUUGCUAUUAAAUACUGGGAUAUGGAUAAUACUCAACUUUUGAUGAGUGUUGACGCUGACGGAGGACUUCCGGCAAGCCCGCGUAUCCGAUUUAACAAAGACGGUGCUCUGUUGGCUGUUUCUUCAAACGAAAACGGAAUAAAAAUAUUGGCAAAUUCUGAUGGCCUUCGAUUGCUUAGAACUUUUGAGAAUCUUUCGUAUGAUGCUGCUUCAAGAACGCCCGAAGCUCCAAAGCCUGCUAUUAAUAACGCAAUACCCGUCACCGCACCUACUAGUGCCGGAUUAACCGAAAGGGUUGCCUCAGUUGGCUCUGUUUCUGGAGCGGUAAAUAAUGGAGAUACCAGAAAUAUGACGGAUGUGAAACCGAGAAUCACAGAAGAAUCAAAUGACAAAUCUAAGAUUUGGAAGCUCACGGAACUAAGCGAAUCUUCUCAGUGUCGGUCACUAAAGCUUCCGGAAAACAUGAGAGUAACAAAGAUAUCAAGAUUGAUAUAUACGAAUUCCGGAAACGCUCUUUUGGCGUUAGCGUCAAAUGCUAUUCAUUUGUUAUGGAAAUGGCAACGUAAUGAGCAUAACUCAAGUGGCAAGGCAACAGCUGCCGUUUCACCUCAAUUGUGGCAACCUUCAAGCGGGAUUUUGAUGACCAAUGACGUGGCAGACAUGAACCCUGAAGAAUCAGUGUCUUGUUUUGCUUUAUCGAAAAACGAUUCUUAUGUUAUGUCAGCAUCAGGAGGAAAGAUUUCUUUAUUUAACAUGAUGACAUUCAAGACGAUGACAACGUUUAUGGCCCCACCGCCAGCAGCAACGUUUCUUGCUUUCCAUCCACAAGAUAAUAAUAUUAUUGCUAUUGGAAUGGAUGACUCCACAAUACAAAUAUAUAAUGUUCGUGUAGAUGAGGUGAAAAGCAAACUUAAAGGCCACUCGAAAAGAAUCACGGGUCUUGCUUUCUCUCACGCGCUCAAUGUUCUUGUCUCGUCUGGUGCAGAUUCUCAGAUUUGUGUAUGGAGCUCUGAUGGAUGGGAAAAGCAAAAAGCAAAAUACUUGCAACUACCGCCAGGUAGGACAACGGCCGCACAGUCAGACACGCGGGUUCAAUUCCAUCAUGAUCAGAUCCAUUUUCUUGUUGUUCACGAGACUCAACUGGCUAUAUAUGAAGCGUCAAAACUUGAUUGUGUAAAACAGUGGUGCCCAAGUGAAUCUUCUGCACCCAUAUCACACGCAGCCUUCUCAUGCGACAGUCAACUCAUAUACGCGAGUUUCCUGGACGCAACCGUGUGCGUUUUCACCGCCUCACACCUUCGCUUACGGUGUCGAAUCAACCCAUCCGUUUAUCUUUCGCCUUCCGUCCUGAGCAAUCUGAACGUUCACCCGAUGGUGAUUGCGGCACACCCACAAGAACCGAACCAGUUUGCGUUAGGGCUAUCAGAUGGCGUGGUUCAUGUGUUUGAGCCGCUUGAUUCCGAAGGUAAAUGGGGGGUCCCACCACCGGCUGAAAACGGGUCAACGAGCAAUGUAGCUGCCACGUCACCUGCCCGAGGUUCAGGGUCGGAACAAGGGCAGAGAUGACCGAGAUGGGUCGGGUAACACAAGUUUUUUUAAACACUUGUGUUGGUGUUUAACAUGGGGGACAUGUAGAUCUAACUUUGUGUGUGUUAUGGUAAAUGAUGAAAUGGUUCUAGGGUUUCGAGUCCUAAGGGUGAAAUGUUGUUUGUUCGUUUGUUCAUGAUAAUUUGUGCUUUCUUUUUGAUCGUAUUCGUAAAAAUCAGAAUUAGAUAAGCACUUUGAAUAA